AUGCAGGUCCCAUCUCCCAACCAGUGGACACACUCCAUGCACAGGACAAUGUGCUCAGCCUUACUGUGUGUCUUGUUGGUGUUAGCCAGGGUAUCAAAGAUGGUCAGUGCUGGGGACUACUGCAGCUGGAGAGGGAGGUAAGCUACCAAUCUGUCACUUUAACAGAUUUUGUGUUCUUCACCAAACUCUGAAUUGUGGCAAAUUAAAAUUCAAUAGAAAUAUUAUGGCUACAAAAGACAAACUGUGAUGACAGAAGCGUAUAAUAAACUUUUCUAAAUUAGACUCUUUGUCGUUUUCAUUUUAAUUUACUACCAUUGGUGGGUAAAUAAUAUACAUAUAUAAUUUAUAUAAUCCAGGUUUUUCACUAAAGUGAGAAUUCAAAGUGAAUUUCAAGUGUAGGGUGAAAAUUGUCAAACCUUUUUUUUAAUUAUUGUUAUAGCGAUAACAAUGAGUGUCUGGUUUUAAAGUGCUAUAUGAAGCAUAUUACUAAAUAAAUAACACAAAACAUUUAAAUAUGUAUUAUAUAUAAUAUAAAGCAAUACUCCUUUAUUUUAAAUCUGUAUCAAUGUAUUCAUAUUUAUAUAUGUAUUAAAAUACAACUAAAAUCAAGUAUAUUUUAUUGUGUGAAUUUUAUGUUUGCAAGUGUAGCAUGUGUGAAUUUCUUUCUAAAAUAAAAUAAUGCCUAUUAUCACCCAAAAUGUCAGUUUUAUUUUUGCAAACCUUGCUUAUCAUUUACUUCCUGUAAUGACAAUAUCCAUGCUGCUCUGGAACCUGCUGAUAAGCGACUGUCUACCUCCCCUAGAUAAGAAUUUACUGGUCGGCAUAUAUUUUAUUAAUUCCCUACCCCUCCACCCCCCAACAACCCUGGGACACAGUACUCCGGACCAUUCUCUGUGAGUAAUGGUACUUAGCAGGGCCACAGGGCAGUGAUCAGAAUGUACAGCUGGUCAAUACAUUGUAACAAAAAUAUUCUAAAUCGGGGCAGAUCCACAGAUGUAGAACUACAACUCCUAUGAUGCUUUGUCAUUCUAAAGGCAUUCUAAUGGCAUGCAAAGAAUCAUGGGAGUUACAGCUCUAAAACAUAUGGGAAUCUGCCUAUUGGGCAGCCCUGGUCUAAAUGGAUAUAUUUAAUUAGUAUUUACAAUCAUUUACAACUUGUGUUAAUGUUACCUUUCAUUUGAUUCCCAGUUUUCUUUUUAAAUGUAUAAUAGAUUUUGCAAAUUACACCAUAACCCAGUUCAGUCAAGGCACAAUCAAGGCACACAAUGCAAAUGAGGUGGAUAAAUAAAAACAUUUGUUUUCAUGUCUCCUGGUCUCUGUCAGGGUUAUUUACUGAAGUGAGAAUUCAAAGUAAAUUUCAACAUAGUCAGACUGGAAACAAUUCUGUAAGUCAGCUAUGCUUUCAGCUUUUUUUACUCUUGCCUUGGAUUUAAAAGGACACUAUAGUCACCAAAACAACUUUAUCUUAGUGAAACUGUUUGUGUAUAGAUCAUGCCCCUGCAGUCUCACUGCUCAAUUAUUUGCCAUUUAGGAUUUAAAUCACUUUGUUUAUGCAGCCCUAGUCACACCUCCCUGCAUGUGACUUGCACAACCUUCCUAAAUACUUCCUAUAAAGAGUCAUCUAAUGUUUAUGCUUCCUAUAUGGCAAAUUCUGUUUAAUUCAGAAUGUCAUAUCUCCUGCUCUGGUAAUAGCUUGCUACACCAUGCAGGAGCCUCCUGUGUGUGCUUAAAGUUAGAUUUACAGAGCAGAAGAUAAAAACUGUUAAAGUAAGUUACAUCUGAUUGAAAGUAAAACUAUUUUUUUUUCAUGCAUGCUGUGUCAGUCACAGCCAGGGAAGGUGUGGCUAGGGCUGCAUAAACAGAAACUAAAGUGAUUUAAUUCCUAAAUGGCAGUGAAUUGAGCAGUGAAACUUCAGGGGCAUUAUAUAUAUACCCCAAAACUGCUAUGUCAAGCUAAAGUUGUUUUAGUGAAUAUAGUGUCUGUGACGAAGUGCCCUUUGCCACUUGUGCCUGGAGAGGACUAAUUGCCAGCCUCCUGCCCUGCGAUUAUGGCCCCUGGAAGAUUUUGCCCUUUAACCCCUUAAUGACCAAACUUCUGGAAUAAAAGGGAAUCAUGACAUGUCACACAUGUCAUGUGUCCUUAAGGGGUUAAAUAUGUUAUUUGGGCAUAGUGGAUUUUAUUAGACUGGUUCUGCCCUUUAAUUGCUCUGACAAAGGAUCUGCACUUCAGAUGCAGAGUGUGAAGAAAACCCCUGUUUUAUGGACUUAGUUUGACUGUUUUAUCCCCCCCCCCUUAGAACACCAGUUUAAACCCUUAAUACCUGUCAUAUAUUCAAACUCUGUCUGACCCUUUUAACUGUCAUUUUGUUUUCCUCUGAGGAGGAGUUGUUUUGCUGCAUGAGUGCUGUUGCUUGAGUGUUUUCAUUAAACAGACCUGCUUGACCCUUUCUUAAAGCCUUGGCUCAUGCUUGGGGGAUGGGAUAAGUCUGCAGUGCUGAUGGUGUUGGUUGGAGUGCUUGGAGUCCUCGGCAAGCACUAGGAGCGUCGAUUGACGGAGGUACUCGGUCGGAGUGCCAGCGGGUCCGUCACAGUGUCCUUUUAAAAUUCACUUAGAAUUAUCACUGUAGUAAAUAACCAUCUGUAUGUUUUCUCUAUGCUGACUGUCAGUUCAAAAGAAGAUAAGACUCGAUCAGUCUUAUAAAGAUGACUGACCGAGAGCUAAAAUUAAAGAGUCUAGUUAUAGGGUAAAGAAAUGUGGAUUUCUACAGUUAAUUUUAUUUUUCUAUCCUCACAAAAUUCGGAUUUAUUAAAUAUAAAAGAUUAAUAAACAUAGUAAAAAACCUCGGUAAGGAAUUCCCAUUUUAAUAGCUGAGUUAUUCACCUCAUUGCAAGCACAAGUAUGGUAUGUGAUGAAACAGUACUUGGGUUAAAUUAGGGUUUUAGCCUUUUAUUUUUGUAAAUUUGCUUUAAAUUUGUUACAAUACUUCCUGCCUUGCAGUGGUCUGGUUUCGGACUUGCGUCAGCAAGCUGUGGAACUUAUUCGCUUGCGUUGUACAGAGGGUUCCCUGGAAUGGAUCUACCCAAAACGAGCCCUGCGAGUUAUUCUUGAGCCCAACCUGGCAAGUGGCAAGUACAGUACAGCCUGCAUCAAGCCAUCCGCACAAUUCAAAGGUGCUAAUAUUUAUGUGGAAAAGAAUAAAGAAGUGCGCCUCCUGGUAGGCGAGACGGAGGGGUUACGGCAGGUACACUGCUUUUCAAUGGACAGACAGCAGGUGACCCUGUUUCUGCAGGCCAGUCCGCAGACCGAGAUCACAGCAAGGACAGCUGGGUUUCAGUAUGAGCUGCUCAGCAGCCAAAAUUCCGGGCCAUGGUUCCAUAAAUUUGCGCUAGUAGAAGGUAAUUAAAGCUGUGAUGUGUAUUUUAAAAAAAUGAUAAAGCUGUGUAUUGUAUAUCAUUACUAUCUUUAACUGAUUGUAAAUGGUUUUAUAGUACUGCCCAUCCCAGACUAAAUGUAAAAUGUGGCAAUGGAUCUUGUGCUUGCUCUUGGACAGGGACAGGCAACCUUCGGCCAGAUGUAGUGGACUACUCUUGCCAUUAUGCUUUGCAAUGCAUAAGGGAGGCUGUAGUCCACAACAUCUGGAGUGCUAAAUGUUGCCUGUCCCUGCUCUAGGAAGUAGCGGGUCAAUAUCCCAUUGGUUUCUAGCUGAGGGGGGUCAGCAGGAAAUCUUAUGGUAGGUCUUGUGUGGAAUAAUUCUGGGUGUCUGUUGUUGGAACAUCUGGACAUAUGUUGGCAGUAAUUGACAACUGAAAGAGAGAGCAGUGAUAGCAUUUAGUACUUAUCACCAACCCACCAAGAGGGGGCACAGUAAAUAAUUGCUGAUAACAUGUUAAACAUUCCUUCUUUAAUAAGACAUUUUUCACUGCUGUGAUACAAAAUGCACUUUAAAGGAACAGCACGCCCACUGAAAUGUCUCAAACUUAUAAGUCUACUCAAACUCACCUAUCUCAACCAAUACGGCCAUAAUGUGUACCUCUCCAUCAAAGUCCCCAAAUGUUGAUGGUUUCUACUCUAAUUUUAACAUUUUAGAUAAACAUACUUGCCGCAACACUUACACUUAACCUACUUCCAGAGACUCUCCUCAAGUCUCAUGUUUCUUUGCUCGUGUCAACUCAAGUCUCUCUUUAGGACCGUAUCUCCAGAAGGAUAUUAAUACUUUAGAGAGAGUCAGAGAAGGGCUACUAAACUGGUUCAUGGAUUGCAGGAUAAAACUUACCAGGAAAGGUUAAAGGAUCUUAACAUGUAUAGUUUGCAGGAAAGACGAGAUAGGGGGGGAUAUGAUAGAAACAUUUAAAUACAUAAAGGGAAUCAACACAGUAAAGGAGGAGACUAUAUUUAAAAGAAGAAAAACUACCACAACAAGAGGACAUAGUCUUAAAUUAGAGGGGCAAAGGUUUAAAAAUAAUAUCCGGAAGUAUUACUUUACUGAGAGGGUAGUGGAUGCAUGGAAUAGUCUUCCAGCUGAAGUGGUAGAGGUUAACACAGUAAAGGAGUUUAAGCACGCGUGGGAUAUGCAUAAGGCUAUCCUAACUAUAAGAUAAAGCCAGGGACUAAUGAAAGUAUUUGAAAAAAUUGGGCAGACUAGAUGGGCCGAAUGGUUCUUAUCUGCCAUCACAUUCUAUGUGUGGCACUCUGUAUGUAUGAGGUACUCUGUCUGUGUGUGUGCAUCAGGUGCCUGUGUGUGUGUGUGUGUGUGUGUGUGUGUGAGAGAGAGGGGUGCUGUGUAUGUGUGAGGGAUGCUCUCUGUGUGUGUAUGUCUGUGUGAGGGGUGAUGUGUGUGUGUGUGAGGGGUGCAGUGUUUGUGUGUGAGUAGUGCUGUCUGGGUGAGGGAUGCUCUAUGUUGUGUGAGGGGUGCUCUGUAUGUAUGUUAGGAAUGCUGUUUGUGAGGGGUGCUCUGUGUGUGUGAGGGGUGCUCUGUAUGUGUGUUAGGAUUGCUGUUUGUGUGGUGUGGAGUGUGUGUGUAAGGAGUGCAGUGUUUGUGAGGGGUGCUCUGUGUCUGUUUUAUGGGGGCUGUGUUUGGAAGGGUGCUCUGUGUGUGAGGGGUGCGGCGUUUGUGUGAGUGAUGCUGUCUGUCUGAGGGGUGUUCUGUGUGUGUGUGAGGGGUGCUGUAUUUGUGAGGGGUGCUCUGUGUGGUAGGGGUGUGGUGUUUGUGUGUGAGGGUUGCUGUGUGUGUGAGUGGUGCUGUCUCUGUGAGGGGUGCCCUGUGUGUAUGAGGGGUGCUCUGUAUGUGUGUGAGGGGUGCUGUAUUUGUGAGGGGCACUCUGUGUGGUAGGGGUGCGGUGUUUGUGUGUGAGGGGUGCUGUGUGUGUGAGUGGUGCUGUCUGUGUGAGGGGCACUCUGUCUGUGUGAGGGGUGCUGUGUUUGUGUGUGAGGGGUGCGGUGUUUGUGAGUAGUGCUGUGUGUGUGAGUGGUGCGGUGUUUGUGUGUGAGGGUGGUGUGUGUGUGAGGGGUGCUCUGUCUGAGGGGUGCUGUGUGUGUGAGGGGUGCUCUGUCUGUGUGAGGGGUGCUCUGUCUGUAUGUGAGGGGUGCUGUGUUUGUGUGUGAGGGGUGCGGUAUUUGUGAGUGGUGCUGUGUGUGUGAGUGGUGCGGCGUUUGUGUGUGAGGGGUGGUGUGUAUGUGAGGGGUGCUCUGUCUGUGUGAGGGGUGUUCUGUCUGUGUGUGAGGGGUGCUCUGUCUGUGUGAGGAGUGCUCUGUAUGUGUGUGAGGGGUGCUCUGUAUGUGUGUGAGUGUGCUGUAUUUGUGAGGGGUGCUCUUUGUGUGUGUGAGGGGUGCAGCAUUUGUGUGUGAGAGAUGGUGUGUGUGUGAGGGGUGCUCUGUGUGAUUUAGGUACACUAGAAACUGACAUUUAAUGUGGAUAAGUGCAAGAUAAUGCAUCUUGGAUGUAAAAACCCAAGGGCAGAGUACAGAAUAUUUGAUAGAGUCCUAACCUCAACAUCUAAGGAAAGGGAUUUAGGGGUGAUUAUUUCUGAUGACUUAAAGGUAGGCAGACAAUGUAAUAGAGCAGCAGGAAAUGCUAGCAGAAUGCUUGGUUGUAUGGGGAGAGGUAUUAGCAGUAGAAAAAAGGAAGUGCUCAUGCCAUUGUACAGAACACCGGUGAGACCUCACUUGGAGUAUUGUACACAGUACUGGAGACCAUAUCUUCAGAAGGAUAUUGAUACCUUAGAGAGGGUUCAGAGAAGGGCUACUAAACUGGUUCAUGGAUUGCGGGAUAAAACCUACCAGGAAAGGUUAAAGGAUCUUAACAUGUAUAGCUUGGAGGAAAGACGAGACAGGGGAUAUGAUAGAAACAUUUAAAUAUAUAAAGGGAAUCAACACAGUAAAGGAGGAGACUAUAUUUAAAAGAAGAAAAACUACCACAACAAGAGGACAUAGUCUUAAAUUAGAGGGACAAAGGUUUAAAAAUAAGUUUAGGAAGUAUUACUUUACUGAGAGGGUAGUAGACACAAACACUGAAGUGGUAGAGGUGAACACAGUGAGGGAGUUUAAGCAUGCGUGGGAUAGGCAUAAGGCUAUACUAGCUAUAAGAUAAGGCCAGGGACUAAAGAAAGUAUUUAGAAAAUUGGGCAGACUAGAAGGGCCGAAUGGUUCUUAUCUGCCGUCACAUUCUAUGUUUCGAUGUUUCUAACUAUUUGGUCAUUUUAUGCAGCGACCUUCGUUCCUGCUUAGCAAACAUUGCAUUACAGAUUUCUGACCUAUGUUGGAGCAAUCAGAAAACAUCAUUAAAGCCUAUAUUUCCAUUUUAUUAAAACCUGAGCACAGAUUUUACCUCUCAAACAUACGUGCCAGUAUGUGUAAAGCCCACCUCUUGCACUUCCACCAAGGCAACUUCGGUCUGUCUACAUAGUAAUACAAGUGCUACCGGUCGUCAUAUUGGAGAACAUGUAGUGACAACAGCUGCUAUUCAGAGAAUUAAUUGUGAUUUCUUUAUUCCAGCUGUCUGUCGGCCUUGCGAGAAUGAAGACUUACUUAUGGCAAUUUGCAACAGUGAUUUUGGUGAGUUUAAAAGAAAUACAAUGUAUCUGCUGUCUUACCUUGCUCUGGUUUAUCACAGUUCUCCAGCAGAAUUCUUACCAACCUGACCUCUAAACUUUCAUUAUCCAACUUAUCUGUCCUUUAUCCAAUCCAUCCAACCAACCCAUUCUCAUGGUUUCCUUGUUGAUUACAUAAUUAAUAUGUUCGGUCAUAUAUGUUCACGUCUGCAUUCAGUGUAAUGCACACUAGAUCAUCUCCAAUUAGUAAAUGUAGCCCCCUACUUGAUCUAUUUAUCUCUUUGAACCCUGUGCAUACCUGGUGUCCAGGGUUAUCCUCUCUGGUGAAUCGAGGUAUAGCUGGGAAAAUGAGGCCUUCACUCCGGUGAACUUGCCCACAGAUCUACUGCACAAGCUGGGAAAAUGAGGCCUUCACUCAUUGAACUGGCCCACAGAUCUACUGCACAUUCCAUGAACCCUCUGGACACAUCUAAGCUGAAUUGGUUUGACACACACAGCUGAAACCUCAAUGCAGUUUGCAAAGUAUUUCCUUGACCAUAAUGAAUCUCACCUUCCCCCAAGAGUUACCAAGAGAGAUUUUUAAAUUUCAGGCUUUAAUGUAUAGAACCUUUAGGAGGCAGAAGACUGUUGGGACACAAUAUUUAUUAAUACCUCGUGCAAGUGACCAAUGGCUAGCACUAAGAUUAGUUCCAGAAGGACUGGAGUAAGAUCACAUGUAACAUAUUGGACACAUCAAUACUCAAAUGCAAGACAAUUCAAUGAAAUGACUGAAUUAGACUAUCAGCCAUUCUGUCCUGAUUUUUUCUUCCACUGUGGAUUAAAUUUCCACAGACUAUGCAUGUUUCUGUGUAUGCUCUUUUUACAGCCCUGCAGAAUAUGGGUGUUUUAAAUCAACCAUUUCGAGACAGACAUCUUUCCAGGUUCUCUGUAUAAAGACCCUGAAGAUAAAGUUUUAUACAAAUGCUAUGAUUACUAAUGGUUUUGAAUCCUUUCACUAAUUCAGGCAUGUUGCUGCACAACUUCUGUAAUCUCCCCUUUAAAUUAGCACAGUAAGUCACUGUUCUAUCUUAAUAAAGUCAAUGUAUUUCACGCCGUAACAUGGCCGGUUAAAGGGACACUAUAGACAACCAGACCGCUUCAAUGUCAGGAAACUGACAGGGAUCCAAUACGCAGAGUGCGCACAGAAGGAGGUACGUAUACCGGACCUUAGAAUGGCCGGACUAACGUAAGGACAAAGCAAGAAUAGUCAAAAGGUAAGCCGAGGUCAAGGGAGCCGGAGGACAGGUAAGCGAGAUACAAGCCGAGUCAAAGGAGAGGAGAGGACAACAGGACAAAAGACAAGCAAGGGUCAAAACCGGAAACACUAGCUAAAGAACGCGCUGAGUGACUAGCAAGCUAGAACCACGACAGGGCAAUGAGCAGUAGUAAAGGUUUCCUUUAAAUACCCUGUUACCUAAAUAGAGACCACGCCCCCAAAAGGUCCGGAAUAGCGGUUCCCGGCACUUUAUGCAAAUGCCGACGUCAUGACGUCGACGCUAGCCGUCGCGUCAUAAAAGGGGGAGGAGCUAGCGCGGCCGGCGCGAAAACGGCCGAAAUAUGCCGAAAUGCUAGGGGAAGGGAGCCCCUAAGCAGAGAGGAUGUCCUCCCUGGAUACAUCACCAACAGGUACCCUGACAUUCAUCUCAUUGAAGUCGUCUUGGUGCAGUGUCCCUGUCCCCUUAACCCUGCAAUGUAAAACACUGCAAGAUUUACAUUGAAGCGCUAAGACUGCCUUUAGAGGCAUGCAAAAUCCCACUCUAUGGGGAAAGUCUAAUGUGAGUGUGGAGCUGGCCGCUCAUGCACAUUGGAUCCCUCCAGCGGCUGACGUCAGCAGAGGAGGAUCAUGACCCAGCACCAAGGUCCUUCAAGUGCUGGAAUUAGGUAAGUGACCGAAAGAUUAGUUGGUUUUUAUUUUAACACUUUUAAGGAUGGGGGAGGGGUUAGCAGAAGAUGCGUGUGCAGAGGGACACGUUAGUGUUAGGAAUACAUCUUUGUAUUCCUAACACUAAAGCGUUCUUUUAAUUAACUUUGCCAGAAGUUAGAGAUACAAAAUGAGUAUUUAAAUACAGAUUUCAAAAACUGGACAUUCUUAACUUCUAUCAAUUAAACCUUUCUUAACCUCAUGACCCUUUAUUCUGUGUAAGUGGGGGCAAGAUGUACGUUUUAAAUAGCUGCCUGUGUGAGUGGGAGAUCUGGAGACAGGACCCUCAAGUAAGAGUAUAAUCACCAUUACAAAAGUUAAGAUAAAUUAGGUUUAACUUAAUUAGAAACUCCCUUCACCAGUCAAAAUAUUUUCAUAAUUAAAUUCUAUAGAGAUUAACAUUUAUAUGUAUGUAUUUCUGUAUAGUUCUUGAAAGACUUAGUUUGUGAGACAGAAAAUAGUCUGUUCUCAACAAGAUAUUAUGUCAUCAUUUCAUAAAGGUCCUGAUUUUAAUUAUUUUUUUUGUCUACCUCAGUUAAUUAGUUCAAGUGACUCCCUUAUACUCCCUUUUAAUUCAUAUGGGUAGUGGGAAAAUCUGUAAGGUCACAUAUAUCACAUACUGUAAAUCACACACACACAUAUAUAUAUAUAUAUAUAUAUAUAUAUAAUUCUUUAUUUAGGUUUGUACAGAAAUACUAUAAAUUAAUAUUGCAUAUUGCAAUAUACUUUAUAUCAAUACAACUUGGUAAGUUCAGCAUCUCCAAACUGUUAGUUUUGACAUUUAUAAAACCAACCAAUUGAAAAUUUGUAAGGUCACAUUUUAUUGAUAUAUGGAAAUAACACUGUAAGAAACAGACCAUGGGGGCUCAAUUAUUAGCUCCUAGUUCAUUUAUCAAGAUUAAAUAAAACAUGUCUGAAACCGGUUUUCCUGCUGUUGCCACCAACAAUUUGAAGCUAAAAACUGUCAUUAGCAUCCUAAUCAUUCCCCAGAUUAGGGACAUCCGCAAAGUUAGCACCAUUACCCCACUGGAUAUAAACACAGCUAUGUACAAUGUGGUAUUUUAUAUAUUUUAUGUUUAGUGGUUCGAGGUUCCAUUGAGAGUGUGAGCCAUGACGAGGUCAGUCGUAUGUCUCGAGUGGACAUCAAAGCUCGGAAAGUAUACAGACAAAGAAACAGCAUAUUCCAGUUAGAUGAUUCCACCGGUGAUUGGGCUGGACCCAUAAGAACAUUGCUGCAGUGCAGAGUCAAGAAAGGAGAAGGAGAAUUCCUCUUCACUGGGAGUGAACAUUUUGGAGAUGCAUGGUUGGGAUGUGCUCCUCGAUUAAGAGACUUUCACCAUAUCUAUCAGGAAGCCAAGGAGCUAAGGACAAACCCAUGUGAAUUUCAGGCUGACUGA